GGAAUCUCUUGAAGAGUACAACUUUGUCCAGAUUAGUGUCCGUCCCUUCAUGGGAAACGGACAGGCAUGGACAGGACUACGAAAGGACAAGAAGUUUACAUGGGACAGUCGCCGCUGUAGACAGCGAGUUUCUAGGUUUUCUCACCAGUGGCGCCAGCAAUCUUCGCGGAGAUAAAAGGAGAGGCUGCUACUCCCUCACGACAAUCUACAACCAUCCCCUUUUCUUGGAACAGUGUGACGAGACGUACGGCGUCAUUUGCGAAGUAUACACUCAUGAUUAUACAUGGGAUGUCGACAGAUUGACUAUGACUCCCUGGAACGUGUAUCCUACCAAGCUCGAGCAUCAUGUGGACGAAGACCUAAAUAGAACUGAUAUAAUUGACGCUCAAGACGAAAAACCUAUGACCCCAGGAGGGCCAAUGGAUGUCAACUCCAAAAUGAGUGAUCUGGAACAGACAGUGAACGAAGAGGAGCAGCAAUAUGCUAACUCCCUAAGAACUUCUUACGUCAAACAAGAACAAUGUCAUGUAGGCUGGAAUCAGCUAACAAAAUUUAAGUGCUACAAGUACAUGGACUCUGCUGCCACCUGGUACGACGCUAAAUUACAAUGUCAGAAGAUGGACAGCAGCCUGGUCACCUUUGAGACCGGAGACGAGCUGUCGGUAGUCCACGAACACUACGGAUUCUUGAUCGUAGGUAUAGGAGCCUGGACGGGGCUGAGGAACGACGGACAGCUUACCUGGGACAGCAACCAUACAAUUCAAGAAGAAUUUCUGGAGUCUGCUUUGGGUACAGGUGGCUUAGAGGGCAUCGCUCAGAAGCGAGGCUGUUUCUACUUGCAAAAGUCCGACGAAAAGAAAUUGUUAGUCGACGACUGUGAAAAAGAACUUCCUUACAUCUGUGAUUUCUACACCAAUCGAAGAAAAAAGUUUAUACAAGACAAGUUCUCACCAGCUGCCAAAGAGAAGAAAAUAAAUCACCAAGACGAUCUCAGUAAAACGAAGAAGAAGACACAGGAGGCUAGGGUAAUCGCUAACAAACCGUUCGUUGCAGACAACCUAGAGAGAUCAGUGCACGAUGAUCUCUUGAGUAAAAAGCCACAUGAGGAGAGACACACGGUGGCCAGCAAAAGGAGAAAAGCUCAUGCAAAUCGUCUUUUCGGAGAACACACAGAGGAACGUUUAAUAAACUGUGCUGUUAAAAGACCAACAAGUAUCUUAUCAAAUAACCGCCAUGAGAUGGCGUCAUUACACGGAUGACGGAUACAUAUCAACAAUGAGAAGUUUCCAAGGGAGGACACUGGGAUUAUGAACACGAAGUUCGAUGCCGACGACCUAGAGAGGUCAGUGAAAGAUGAUUUAGAGAGUAAAUGCAAUGUCACUAUUAAAGAGACGAAGAAAAUAUUAUUAGAUAAUCUCACUGAGAUGAUACCAUUACACGAAAACAUCGACAAUUAUAAACUUCCAGGAGGUUUAUUCGUUACAGAAUGUAAACCCCAGAAGACAGCCUUGCCGCCUGCACUGCUAAUUGUCGCCAAUAAACUUCUCAACGCGUCCUUUAAUAAAGCAGUCUUACUAGACGACAGAAAAGUGGUGCCACCGACAUCAAUAAUCAAGAAAUAAGAAGAAAUUGAGAGAAAAAUGGAAAGUCAGAUCCCUGUGACAGACAAGACCACAAGUGAGAUCAAGAAAAUCCUAUGAAGUUUGGUCUUCUUGUUUGUUUUAGACUUUUACGAUGUUGAUAACGUUACGAACUUAGGCCAGGUAGUGAUAAUGAUAAGACAAACGCAGACAUAUUGUUUAUUUGCCUAUAUGAACACAUGUACAGUGGGAGAAGGUGAGCGUUUGUUGAUGCAUGGCUCAUUGACUACCAGAGGACAGUUUUUGUUGCAAGAACAAAAAUCAAAUGCGAUGGCAACCUCACACCGUUUAUCAAAAAAAAA